AAUUUGACGAGCGAGCAGUUUAAAAUUUGGUCAAACGCACAGAACAACAGAGCCCGUCAACCGUCAUUUAAGUUUUUGUAAUUUUCAUCUCGAAGCCUAAAUUAGAAAAUGCACAAGAAGCAGUACAAAACCCCGAAACCGUCAAAAAUGCGUGCAACGCCGGCGACCGCAAGAGAAACAACAGACAGCGGAGAGAGCUCCACAAGUUGUUCUUCAGAAUCCUCAAGGAAUAACAAUGGCGAAUUGAGUAUUGUGGCGGAAUACGAUGCGAUGAUACGAACGUACAAGCAGUACAUUUCUUUCCUGGAUGUUACCGAAGAGUUUGAGGACUUCAUCGAACAGGCCAAAGGAAUUAACAUGCAAUGGUUAAAGACGAAAAACGAGGUGGAACGGUUGCGGAUGGAUAACUCUAAGAUAACCGAGGAUUACGAAGCUAAAUUGCAGGUGGCACGCAGAAUGCUCGAUCAGGAGAAGAGGCGUUCGCGACGCUUAGAAGACGAACGUGACGAAUUAGGUCGUAAGAUGGACACAGCCGCUCGACUUCUAUUUAAUAAACAAAAUCAUUUGCCUGACCCCUUACUCCGAGAGUUAAAUUUUUUGCAGCGUGAAGGGAGUAACGCCAAUGCCAUGCUAGAUGUUGGAGUACCACAACUGAGUGCCAUACAGGAAGUGAAUACAACAGGUUCGUUAAUCUCAGACUUCAGCUAUUCUCGAAGUGAAGACGACUUGGAUACAUCAGUCGCGUUUUGCAACAAAUUAAGUAGCACUAUGAAAUCACAGAGGCGAAGUGGCGAGUUUGUAACGGAGCCGCCGAUAAAGAAGCGUCGCUCCAGCAAUAGAGUUGUCGAGAUAAAUGCGGCAGACACAGUGAGGGCAACUACUACAUUAACUGUAAGCAGAGAUGGGCCGAUUACGGCAACUUCAAUAAUCGAAUCUGUGCCGCCAGAAGCAGCAAAGAAAGUCAAGGACUUUCGUCCGAGUGCGCCGCCCGCACACUUCGUUAAUAAUAAUAAUAGUAUCGCAUCCGGCAGCAAUAUAAACGUUAGGCAGCAUCAGUUCCAAAGCAAGAUCGUCAUGAUACCGGAAACAUGCGCUCUAUGCGAUAAGCGAAUCAAAUUCGGACGUAACGUCUACAAGUGCGUACAGUGCCGGACCCACUGCCAUCCCGAGUGCAGGGACCAACUUCCGUUGCCGUGCGUGCCAAACGUAAAUACGCCGCAAAAGGGGGCGCUAGUUACGAUUAGCGAUUACACGCCGACCUCGUCGCCGAUGGUGCCCGCAUUAAUAGUGCACUGCAUGAAGGAAGUUGAAAGUCGCGGCCACAACGAGCUUGGUAUAUACCGAAUUCCUGGUUCUGAGAGGGAAGUCAAAUCGUUAAAGGAAAAGUUCUUAAACGGCAAAGGGUUGCCCUGCCUUAGCCAAGUAGACAUACACGUAAUUUGCGGUACAAUCAAGGACUUCUUACGCAACCUUCAAGAGCCGCUGGUCACCUACUCGCGACGGUCCGAUUUCAUUAAAGCAGCCGAAAUGGCGAACAAGAACGAAGCGAUUCCAAUUCUAAAUCAGAUUGUUUCCGAACUGCCGCAACCGAAUCGCGAUACUUUAGCUUAUGUGCUAUUGCACCUUCAACGCGUGAGCAACAUGCCCGAGUGCAAAAUGCCAGCUGAUAAUUUGGCGAAAGUUUUCGGACCCACGCUCAUUGGCUAUUCGUCGUCCGAUUGUAAUUCCGAACAGCUUCUAACCGAAACCAGGCAGCAAUUUAUGGUGAUGGAUCAACUGAUCGGACUGUCGUCCGAUUUUUGGGAAUCUUUCCUCGAGUCAAACGGCGAAUUCAAAACGCCUAUGGGAAAAUUGCAGCAGACGCCUAGUACUGAUUCAUUACUUUACCCUCGAAACAAGGCAGGAAUUUUUAGUCCGUACUAUAUGAAAUUGGGUAAACGAAAGCAGAAAUUUUUUCCAUCACCCGAUAAAUAUUUGUAGGUAUUUUUUUAAUUAUAUGUAUAUUGUAUUAGGCAUACUUCACAUUUAAGAAUAUUGUACUUAACAUUUUAUAUAAUUUAGUUUUACAUUUUCUAUAGGUAUAUGCUAUGCUUUUCUAUUUUUGUAAAAAUGCAAUAAAAGAUUUCUAUGUC